AUGUCAGCGAUUUCGACUGUACCCCGCUACCUCUUUCGUGCGUAUUCCCCAGGAUCAGAUGGCUACAACAGUGAAGAGAGAUUUGGAUCGAUGGCGCAAUUUAACCACCGGCUUGAAGUCACGUCCCUUACCCAGCUUCCGCCCGAGGAAGCGCGCAGUAUGGUCAAAGAUCAUGUCGUGUGGGAGAGCUGGAAAAAUCGAGACGAUGAUAUCCUCAUCUCAUUUACAUCCUCCUUUCUCUUUGCUCUCCAACACUGUAUUCGCAAGAUUUACAGGUGUCGGAGGACUUCUGAGGAAAACUGCUACAUAUGUAUCAUCGACACCUGGAAAUAUCCGCCCGGCACGUUUUCCUGGACGGUCGAUCUUCUGAAAGAUCAUAAUCUAUGCGAAAAGGACGAUGCUCGGCUGCGCCACGAUUAUCAGGAAGCAGAAUAUCUGGCUCAAUUUGAUCUGUCCACCUGUUUCCCGACGUCUUCAAAGUCAGACGGCGUCGUCUCCAUGAGUGAACUGAUCACUCGAGGAGGCCUCUUUCAGAUCCUUCCUGAGCUCAACGAGGAGAUCUACAAGGGGCAGCUCUGGAUUCGGCUGCAGCAACUUCGGCAGCGUUGGUAUCGGAGGACCGAGGCUGUGACUGCAGAGGAUAUGGAUGGAGCCCGGAAAUUGGCAUUGUGCUUUGGUUGGACGGUCACAACGCGAUUCCCGUUUGAGGAUACACGAACCGAUAUCCCUCCGACGCUCCAAGAGCUUGCAGAAUGGGAAAGACUCAUGAGGACAAUUUACAGAGCUCAAACAUCUCUGAAGACAGACAAUGCGGAGAGGGUGACUCGCCCAAGUGCCGAAAAGAGCAUUGACGAAGUUGCCGACAUUCUGAAAGACAUUAAGAUAUCACUUGGACCGUCCUAA